AUGUCAUUACGAAUUAUUCUUGCUAUCGCUUUCGUAGCAACAGCAGCUCAAGCCUUCGGAUUCAAACGUGGUCCUCCACCAUGCGGUCUACCACCUUUCCUCGACGAUUUGCCAGAAGAAAUGCAAUCUAAGCUGAAAGACAUCUGGGCUGAUUACAAGGAGGGAGACAAAUGCUAUGAACAGCAAGGACAAACCCGUGACUUGAUGGAGUCCCUGACUAAGGAGCAGCGCAAAUCUUUGUUCAAAAGAGGACCUCCACUUCCACCUUUCCUCAGAAAAGCAUCAAAGGACAUCCAAGAGCAGUUCCGCACUGUCUUCAAGGACAGAAGCAUCAAGUUCGAAGACAAGCCAAGCAAACUCAAGGAACUUGCCGAGAAAAUUCUAACCGGAGACCUUCUUGAAGAGUUCAACAAAUUCCAUCAAAAAAUGGAGGAGGAUCGCGCCAACUACAACGCUAAGGUUGAGAAGUUGAGCAAGGAAGCUCGUGAGGCUUACGACAAGAUCGAGAAACUCGACCAAGAGAAGCGUGAAAUCUACUCCAGCGUAUCUGAAGAUGCUCGUUCUGAGCUUUUCGAACUCCACCGUGAACGCUACGGACACCACUUCGGUGGACGUGGAGGACGUGGAUUCCGUCACCGUCAUCACUAA